UCACGUGAUACUUUCUCGCGUCAAGUGUCCGAUUUUGCGAUUUAGGAUAUUUUUACUAGUGUUUUUCGGCGAACUCGCUCCGCGUAUAGUUGCGGGCCCUGUCGAACAUUAGAAAGAGACAGAGAGCUACAUGACCGACGUCGGUUUGCGCGACGAUCGCGAUGUCGACGACCAACCAACGAGUGGGAGUAUACACGGCUUUUCGUUCGGUGACAUAAUCACAUAACGCAGUACUUUAUAGUAGUACGUCCAAUGUCCAUGUAUACCGCGGUAUAGUAUUAGUAGUGGUAGUCAGCGUACGUAGUCAAUAGAGUCAUAGUACUCAUAGUCGGGCUUCGCUCUCUCAGCCGCAUUCCGUCUGUUCCGAGUUCGCCGAGCGGUACAGCGAAUUUACCGACGUGAGUCGCCCCUGAUGCGCUGCAUACGUGCCGCCGCCGCCGCCGCCGCCGCCGCCGCCACAGCCGCCGUUGACUGCAACAGUAUAGUCUGUAUAUUAGUAGAGUGUAGAAUAGUACAGUAUAGUAUAUAUAGUGGUAUCAGUCAUCAGACUGAACAGCAGUUUGUUCGUGCGUGUACGAGAGUUAGUUAGCAACCUCCCUCUGCGAUACGAAUACCUAUAUCAUAUAGCACACACCGAGACUGAGAGACACGCGCUUGGCACGUCAACGACGUAGACGAGCGUCCACGAGGAGAGAGACUCACUUGGCGAGGAAGAAAGCAAAGAGAAGGCUUGCCUUCGAGGCAACGCGCACAGUACUAGUAAUAGCUCAUAGCCAUUCGGCGAAAGGACACAUACAUAUAGAGAAGCGAGACAGAGAGAUAGUGCAGACUCGCUUUAGGAUGGCGAGGCUCGUGAAUAUGUGGCAGGGCUAUAACCAGGCCGCCCUCAAGGAGAAGCAGAUGCCGCUGAUCGUCGAUGAGAACCUCUCGAUGGUUAUGGACAUAACUGGAUUGAAAGCUCUGAAAGAGAGUCCACUAGUCCAAGGCAAGCAGUUAGAUGAAUUUUGCAAAAAAUUGAAUCUGCUCACAAUGGAGGAGAGGAUGGUGUCUUUUGAUGUUACUUGCAAAGAGAUGUUCAACGCGCUGGAUCAAAGUGUUCCAUGCAUAGGUUGCAGGAGAAGCGUGGAAAGAUUAUUUUAUGACUUGAGUAAUCUCGAUGGUCAUCCAGCAUUAGACCCGUUAAUUAUAACAGUAGAUGGCAUGGUUGGUAUAAAAGAAGAAGUUAUUCAGUCACCUCAAAGAUUAUGCACAUUAUUACAAGGGCAUAGCACAAGAUUGAAUGAUCUAGUAGAACAGCAACCACGCAACAAAAAGUCUCGUAGGUGCACAUUGCACUCACUAGAAGUACAACGCAUGAGACCUCCUCCAAAUGCUUGGAAAGAAGUUUGGGAUUGCAUGGAACGUGAAUGUUUAAGAGAAAUCACCUUUAUAGAUGCAGAUACUUUAGAUGCUACUCUAGAUACCUACCUGCGUAAGCACAAAUUUUGCUCCGAAUGUCGUACAAAGGUACUUCUGGCAUCAUCCCUGUUAACAAGUGAAACUGAUCCAACAAAGGAAAAAGGUUAUGUUAGUUCUUUGUAUGCCAAUAUAAAACGUUGUGCAGGAGGUCAUGUUCACCUACCAGUAAACACUGAAUACAUUAGUUCAAUUAUUGGAAGAGCACAGCCAGAACUCAUGGGAAGAGAACGGCAUGCAAAAACAUUAGAAAUAGCUCAAGAAGAAGUUCUUACGUGCCUUGGUAUAUGUGUAGCUGAACGGUUAAACCGUGUUUACCGACGCCUUAAAGAAGAAGAAAUCAUAAUUAAAGUAUUAGCUGCUGUUGCUGUUGAUACUAUUGCUAGGAGUUUUCAAAUGGCUGUGGAAUAUAAAACGGGGAUAACGCAAUUAGAAGUUCUUUACAAGGAGUUCAAACGAGAAGAAGUAGCUAAACAGCAACGACGAGAAAAGUUAAGGCUUAAAAGAAAAAAGAAGAAGGAACGUCGUUCUGAAGCUGAAGAAAAAGAGAAUGAAUGUGAAGAAGAAAAGGAUGACCAUUGCGAAUGUCCACAAGAAGAAGCAAAAGAAGUCGAAGAAAAGACCGAAGUACUACCUCCACAGCCAGAAGUUAAGACAGUUACUCAAACUAUUGACCAUCAUAAGAUAAUAGACCCAAACAACAAAGGGUCACUAACCUGCAAUUGUCCAGAUUGUACAAAGAAGGGAAAUUCCGAUCACCUACAAUCCAAGUCUCAGUCUCAACCUGCACCAUCAAGCAAAAAGGAAAAGAAUAGUAAAAAGAAGAAGAAUGAAAAUAAAUCAGCUAGUAGUAGUACAAAUAGUACAAAAAAGAGUGGGAAACGUGAAAAAGUUGACACGACAGUGAAUAAAAGUGUAGAUCAAUCAGUAAAGCCGCCUGAAACGUGUAAAACGGAAAACAGCAACAAUAGCAAUGGAUGGCAUAACAACGACGAAUGCACAAAUCCAUCUUCUUCCGAGCAUUUGAUGGAUGCGCUUAUGGAUAAUAACAAACGAUACACAAUGUGGAUAGAAGUUAAGAAGCGCCUUAAUACCAAAGUUGUAAAUAGAAAUGUCCGAUCAUCUAGUGAGCACUCCUCACAAGAUUAUGGGUAUUCAUCAGAACACAAUGUCAGUAGUCCAUCUUUACCAAGUACACCUGAAGGAUCUGAGGUGGCAUGCAGUGAUAGCUGCUGUAAUCACGUAGGUGACUGUCCAGAGGUUAAAUCUGCAGAAAAACUACUCCACUCUGACUCAAGUCUCAGUCUAUUGAGGGAACAUGGUGGGGGAAUAACAUUAUCGCAGAUGUUGGAGGACUCCUGCUUAUCCGAGGAUGAAGAUUGUUGUUAUAUCCCUGUGGAAGAAGUAUUAGAAUUUAAGUCCCGCAUGUGCCAGGUCACUGAAAAACGUCAAGAACUACGUCAGACGCUUAAAAAACGUUUUGCAGCGUUAUGCAGCCAUCACAAACCCUUCACCAUUCCUCGCUGAUGAUUUCCAUUAGGUAUUGUUGAACAAAGUGUUCUUUUUUCUACGACGAUUUUAAUACGAACAAAAAACUGAUAAUCAUGUACAAUAAUUUUUUUUGGAUAAAAUUGUUAAUUCUCACAGUCCACAAAACUAAUGGAUUGUACAAAAGCUUACUGAUAUUUUGUAAUAAUUCAUGUAUAGUACUGUCAGUUCAUUUGAUAAACAUAUUUAUAUGCAUUGAAGAUUAAUACCAUUAAUAUGAAUGUAGACAUAAAAUCUACAUAUUUGUAUCACGACGAAAAUGAUUUAAUAAUUAAAUAGUAAAUGCAUGUCUUCCAGUAUUAAAGUUCGUAAAUUGAAUUAUAACUUUGAGAAAUAACAUUUACAACUGAACUAUUAAACAUAUACAGUACAUUUUAUAGAUACAUUUUUUUAUAUCAAAAUGGUUUACUAAUUCCAUAUGACAGAUGAAGAUUCAACUACAUGUAAAUUAUUGCUUUAGCUUGAUUUCAAGAGACUAAUUUUAUACGAUUUACUUUUGUAAACUCUCUUGAGAUCAUUGCUAAUGUUAAUUUGAUACAAUAUUCAUUGAUUGAAAAAUAAGUUUAUAUCUAUUGUUAAAAGCGUGUACCUAUUGUAUAAAAUAUGUGGACUGUGGGGACGACCCGUUAAAGAAUAAAGAUUUAUAUUUCUAAUGAAUCAUUGGCGCUUUGUCGGACACUUUACUGUCCAUGAUGUAAUGAAGCACAUAUAAAGAUACGUUGUGAUUGUAAUGAAUAAUACAAUUUAUCUUUAUCAAAGAUUUAAUAUAAAAUAAACGUUGCAUUCCAAUAUAAA